CACAGCUCAGAUUCCUCCCGGCGGAAAUUAGUGACGGACCUGUUCGGUCACAUUGAAGCUCCUCGAUAUUAAAUAAUAAUAAUAAUAAUGUUUUGUAAGAAAUUUGUACGUCUUAAUAACUUUGUAUUUAAAUACAGGUUCAAAUGGCUGAAUUCUGUUGUAAAAUAUCCUAUAAAUGAAGGUUUGAGUCGCUCCCACAGCAGCUGGAUGGGACAUAAACAACACACACACACUAUGAGCAACACAACAUGCGUUCACUCCUACGGUGUCCGACUCCUUUCCUCCAGCACUCUGGACCCAGCUGAGAUCAGAAAGUUCCAGGUUCUGGCCAAUAAAUGGUGGGAUAUACAAGGUGAAUUCGCACCUCUACACGCCAUGAAUGAGCUCAGAGUGCCAUUCAUCCGUGAUAACCUGUUGACUGUUCACGGUGAGGGUGAGAUGGGUCGCCCUCUGGCUGGGCUCAGGAUACUGGAUGUGGGCUGCGGUGGUGGUCUGCUUACUGAGCCUUUAGGGAGAAUGGGUGCUGAGGUGUUGGGUGUUGACCCGGUGGAGGUGAGCGUGCGGACAGCGGAGCUGCACUCGUCCCUCGAUCCUGCGCUCAGAGGACAAGUGCGGUAUCGCGCAUGCACCCUGGAAGACCUGACUGAGGAAGAUGAAAACGAGGAAGCAUUCGAUGCGAUCGUGGCCUCGGAAGUAGUUGAACACCUGGCGGAUCUCGACACCUUCGUCCACUGCUGCUACCGCAUGCUGAAGCCAGGAGGGUCUGUGUUCAUCACCACUAUCAGCCGGACUCAGCUGUCUUACAUCAUGGGAAUCGUGAUGGCUGAGAAGGUGCUGCGUAUCGUACCACGAGGGACACACCAGUGGGACAAGUUUAUCAGUCCAGUGGAGCUGGAAACACUGCUGGAGUCUUCUGGAUUGAGUGUUCAGACUGUGACAGGAAUGAUGUAUAACCCUAUUUCCGGAUGUUGGAGUUGGCAGCAGAGCACAGCAGUGAAUUACGCACUACACGCCAUCAAACAGAAGGAGGAGCCACCGCAUCAGACCCCUGCUGAUGAUUAGACUUUUGUCCAUAUUGAGUUUCUCAGUGUCGGAUUUUAAUAAAGACAACUUGUACAACAUAAUAGAAAUAAAAGAAAUUCAUAUGCAUUAGCCUCAAGACAUUCAGUUCAGCGAUAUCGUUUUCAUAUAAACGAUUACAUCAAAUCUAAAAACAUGUCAAUGCCAAAUAAGUCUAUAACUACAUAAUUAUAUGAACAAGAAUCUUUUCCACCUUAAGCUACGUCUCAGCUCAUAUCAUAUGAUGUCAAAUCAAACGGACGCUAAAGCAUGUCAUCUUUAAUCAAUUACAUUUAUGGUAAAGAGAAUUCUGUGUACAUUUCAGUGGUAAAUAAUAUUGUUUUUACUUUAAAUUCGGUUGUAAUUAAAAAGUGUUUUGUGCAUUUGUGAUUAUUUCAGCAGAAAUCUGGAAGCAUGGUUGCUACCUUUUUGGUGGAGUUGUGCUAGUGUGACAUUCUUUCUUCCUUUUUAAAAUAAUUUAUUCAGUGCUGCUUUAUGGGAUGUCUGAAGUUUAGGAUAAUUUUUUUUAAUAUGCCCGGCCCUGAUACAGAUCCUGAUGUUCACAUGUUGUUGUUUUUUUUUUGUCUUUUUUUCGAUAGCUUUCUGGUCUUUGUGAUGCAUCUUUGUGAUUCAUGAUAGCUUUUGCAUCUUCAUAAAUUUUGACUCUACAUGAGCUAUUUUGUGUAGGUGAUGUGAUAUAUGUGAUGGGGGGUGUGGUAGCCUAGUGGUUAAGGUGCUGGACUAUCAAACUCAUUACUACCAGAAGAAUCCCAGGUCCACCAAGUUGCCACUGCUGGGCCCCUGAACAAGGCCCUUAACCCUCAAUUGCUCAGUUGUAU